AUGUCGGCUUGGGUUAUAUCCUGCUUGGUAUUGGCGUCCAUUGUUUAUGGGGAGGAUGUUUUAAGCACAAAGUCUAAUCUCGACACCUUACGUUACGUUCAUGCGGUACGGAUUCAUAUUUUUCUUUUUGUUUUAGGUUACAUUGAUGAAUAAUAUCCGGGAAUAUAUUAAAAACACAAAUGAUUGGUUCAUUUAGUGUGUAAAUAGCAUUGCUGUGAAUUGCUGAAUAUUUAUGAGGACAUUUAGGUUUGGCGACAUGGCGAUCGCACCCCUUCGACCCUAAUUCCCACCGAUAUAAACAAUGGAAUUGAGACAUGGCCAGAUGGCCUGGGAGAACUCACUGUGAAGGGGGAAGCUCAACAAUAUCAGCUGGGAAAAUUGUUGAGAGAGCGAUACGACGGGUUCUUGGAUAAGAAGUACUCGCCAUUCCAGAUUUAUAUCAGAUCUUCUGAUUAUAAUAGAACAUUGGCUUCGGCACAAGCAAAUUUAAUCGGUUUGUUCCCUCCAGAAGACCAGGAGCUGUUCGAUAAAGGUUUGCGAUGGCGACCAAUUCCUGUUCAUACAAUUCCAAAGGUCGAGGAUAGAGUAAGUUGGUUUUGUGGUACUUUUUUUUGAUUUUAGGUAUCAACUGGCCUAAAAUAAUGGCUUCAAUUUUAGGAGCUUUUUGACCGAGUUGCUUGCCCUCACGCUGAUGCAGAAGAGAAUGCAGUUUAUUCUUCGGAUGAGGUGAAGAAAAUCGAAGAAGAAAACCAUGACUUUCUCGUAUUUUUGGCGAAACAAAGUGGUCUGGAGAAGGAGGUGAUGCGUCUGCGUGAUCUCUGGAAACUUUUUGAUCCUUUGAUGGCUGAACAUUCUCAUCCAGAAGAUCACAAGCUCCCUGCUUGGGUUAAUGAGACAGUCCAACGGGAUUUGUGGAGAUUAUAUGACGUUUCUUCGUUCUAUCUUUAUGGAUCACCAGUUCUUAAGAGAUUAAGAUGUGGACCUUUGUUUUCCGCGAUCAUUGGCCGAAUGGAUGAUGUUGCACAUGGCAGAAGGGAUCAACGAGAAAAGUUAUACGCCUACUCAGCUCACGACACAGCUGUGGCCGCGCUGUUGGCAGCUUUUGGAGUAACUCCGGCCAUUUUUCCGGAGUACGCAACAAUGGCUUUGGUCGAGCUCCAUAAAAUCAAUGAAACAGAUAUUGUCAAGGUAAAUAUUGUUCCGUAUUGGGUGUAUUUGCUCUUGUUGAGGUCUAAUUGAGGUAUUUUUUAGCUCUUCUACAAGAACCACACCCAUAAUAACAAUAUUUAUGAGCUCGAGAUACCUCAAUGUGCUGCACCGUGCACCUUGCAUCGUCUCAAAUUGAACACUGCGAAUGUGAUUCCAAGGAACUGGGAGGAAGAAUGCGGUCUAUAUCAAAGAAAUCACAAGGAUAACAUCAUAAUUUGUAAGAGUUUAAUUAUUUUUUUCGAAGUUUAGGUAUAAACCAUGAUGAUGAAGAUAAAAAUGCCUAGAAAUGGAUGUAAUCGUUGCUUUCAGAUGUCGGAGUAACAAUCAUGCUGUUCGUAAUCCUUGUCCUUAUCGCUUUUGGCCAACUUCGGUAUCAUCGGAACCUUCAAAAACAGAACCAGACCAAAUAUUCGCUUCUAAAUGAAGACAUCGACUUCUAA